UAGGCCUACAGCUAGGGUGGGCUAGUUGUCCUGUCUCUAAUCUAUCCUAACACGAGCAGCAGGAGGAAGCCCAGAUGACGUCUAGGUGCGGAAGGUAAUGUCAAAGCUGCCGUCGGUCGCAGGAGCAGCGGACACGUGGCAUACUCCGCAUUUCUAGUCGCUUGAAAUAUUCGUUCGCAUUCGUUAUUCUCCACAACUGGACAGUGUAUCGGACGCAGUUUCUUGAGGAAACAUAUGAUAGGCUCACUUGCGCGCUGAAACCAGCGUCGUAACGAAGAAAUUUGUACGUCCUGAGCUUAUGUGUCCGCGCGCCGAGAGGCCAUUGCGAAUCGCAUCAAGACCUCACAAAACGUAUCGAGUCACAGCAAGGCGUUAGAAAGAGGUACGCUUCAUCCUUCGCCCUGCUGCGAGGUAUUAAAGUCAUCUUUCUAAGACGUCGCGAGUCUCAGCAGCGGCGAGUCACAGCAGUCCUUCAGGUCAGACCCUCUUCGUGCGAGCGCGUCUCUCACCCUCUUUCUCUCAUCUUCGCCAACCGCCAGCUCGAGUCAUAGUAACACACGCGCAAAGCUCCCGUCUCGACUCUCUAUUUAGAUCCAACCCGCAACGGUCCCUCAUCCCGCGGCCAGAUUCCCAUCAUGGCGCGCCGCCUAUCGCUCCCUCUCGCAGCACUCCCGCUGCUCCUCCUCGUCGCCCUUUCCGCCCUCCUCUCUGUCUCCUCGCGACCCAGCUCUCUCGCGAAUUUCAACCCGUUUCGCAAACCGGACGGCUGGAAAGGCGGCGCGAAAGGCGGCGCGAAAGGCGGCGCGAAGAAGACGGUUUCCGCCGCGAGUUGCCCUUCCCCGUGGCCCCAGCUCGACAGCUGCCCCACAAGCGAGUCGCUCCCGCAACUCGAGGACGCGCAGACAACCUUCCCCGGGGCGGUGUGGGGCAGUCUCGUCCCCCACAAGGUGCCCAACACUAAGGGCAGCCCAGCAGACGCCACGUGGCUGAACAAGGCGAGCCGCGGCACGGAGUACUACAUCGAGGAGUGCUGCUCGCUGUGCGCGCUUGACGACCAGUGCGAGUACUGGACCUUCACAAGAAGGCUCGACUCCAUUAAGGGCACAUGCCAGCUGUUCUCCAGCCAGCAAUGUGCGCCCAGCAAGGCAUACGCCGCCCUCUCUGCCCCUGCCUCCUCUCGCACCCAAUCUCUCUCCUCCAAAGUCUCCUUCUCCUUCCGCAAGGCGCCAAAAGAUGCCGCCCUUCCCUCCCCCGGUGGCUCUAGCGGUGGCACUGGUACUGGCACUGGUGGCGAGGGAGGGACCGGUGCAGGCACGUCAGGGGGAGGCGUAGUAGGAGAUCCUGUAACAGGAGGUGACAAUAACGGGGGCACUGGUGAUGGCAGUGGUAGCAGUAACACGGGGAACACCACCUGCCCUUCCUUCUCAGGCUGCCUGUCCGCCUGCCCUGCUGGCAGCAGCGCCAUCACACAGCUGUACAGCGACACGUCAGCGCCCGCCACAUCACCAUCUGACGUGGCACGAGGAAAGCUGUACGGCGUGGAGUCGCCAGCAGCGGGGUGGAGUGUGCUGGGAGAGGCGGGGUAUCUGAGCAUUGAGGGGUGCUGCCAGGCGUGCAAGUCGGAGGUGACUGCUGACUGCUACUACUGGACGUGGCAGCACGAACCCCAGGAGGCGGACUUUGACAGAGGGCUCUGCACGCUGUUCCACAGCCAGGCGUGUCGAUUCAUGACAGAAGAGGGCUCUUUCCAGCCUAGAGUUUUUGACCCUGCACAGAGCAACUCAUUUAUGUUUCCUCUGCCCUGUUACUCUAUAAUACCACCAUGAAGGCCAUAGACUUAUUUGUCUGUAUAUGUGUACCUUUAUGUGUGGCCUAUGACGAGAGUUGUCCAGUGCGUGAAUGUAGUGUUUUGUGUACCGGUGUAUGAAAGGCAGUUUGAGGGCGUGUCCUAAGCG